AUGGCCACUACUUUCUGUCUCUCACUGAAACCACCGUCCUUUCCCUCCACAACCACCAGCCACCACCUAAUUCGGCCUUCAUCCGCCUAUCCCAAAAACCACAGAUUUUCCCCCAAAAUAUCAUUCUCAUCAUUCAGAAAUAACAAUGGUACCCCAUCAGAAACAGAGUGCCCAGUGCCACUGGAUCAGCAGCCCAUCAAUGAAUACCAGGCCCUUUCCAAUUCAUUCCCUUUCUCAUGGGCAACUGGCAGUCUUGUUGAGUAUUGUGCACGGCUUUUUGUCACUGGGGCAUCUUUUGCACUUUUAGUGGGCCUACCCGUUUCUUGGUUCGGGUCAGUUGGCCCCAAAUCCGAGCCUCUGAGACUGGUAUUGGGUGCAGCUUCAAGUGGGUUUUUUGUUGUUACUCUUGCCGUUGUGAGGAUGUACCUCGGUUGGGCUUAUGUGGGCAAUAGAUUGCUCAGUGCCACUGUUGAAUAUGAAGAGACAGGGUGGUAUGAUGGCCAGAUAUGGGUAAAGACUGCAGAAGUUUUGGCUCGUGAUCGGUUGUUAGGUUCAUUUUCCGUGAAGCCAGUGCUCGCUAGAUUAAAGAACACCCUUUUGGUUCUAGGAACAUCAUUGUUAAUAUGUGUUGUUCUCCUUGUCAAUACUGAGAGCAGCCAAAAGGAUGCUUACAUAGUAACAAAAGAACCUGGUGGUAGAUCUGUACCUGGAGUUUACAAUGAUGAGUCUGCAAGAUCUUUUGAGCCUGAUGCAUUUUGUGGUGAACCUGGUAAGAGACUUUUGGUGAAAACUGUACUGAAAUACACUACAAGAAAUAAGCUGGAGGUAACUGAACAAGAUGGUAAAGUCUUUGAUAAGCUGCAAACCAGUGAGAUAGGCACGAAAGGGAGAAUUCUGAGGAUGUCUUCCAUCGGCCAGUGGGACAGAUGCCGACACAUUCGAUUCUAUAUUCAAAGAUAUAGGCUUAGUCUUAGUUACGAAGUUGAAAAGAAACAUACAGCUGAGAAUAUUGAGCAUGAAUUUUGGCCAUUGGAUGAAAUAGAUCCAAAGAAAGCGAAGUUCCCUUGUUGCUUUGUUUCGACACCUCUACCUGUUGUAUCAUGGUUAGUACCUUUCACUGGACAUGUUGGUAUGUGUCGGGAGGACGGUAACGUUAUAGAUUUUUCGGGAUUCAACCUAGUUAAUUGCGAUAAUUUUGCGUAUGGUUCUGUUGCCAGAUUCCUUCAACUAGACCAAAACAGGUACUUGUGA